AUGCCACUUUUACAUAUAAAAUUUGAACAAAUAAAAAAAGAUAAAAAUUCUAUAGAAUAUCAAUCUGAAGAAUCUAUUUCAAAUACUGAAAUAUACAAUGAUCAACAACCACAAACAUCAAAUGAUAUAAUAUCAUCAUUUAAAAAUGAUCUUGAAGAUAUUGAAACACGUUUAUGUCCUGGUUCAUUAGGUGGUUUUAUUAUUGGUACUAAUGUUAGUUGUUCCGGUCAUAAUUAUUCAUCUCAACAAUUAUCUGAUAUAAUUUCAUAUACAUCAUCAACAGAUGAUAAUGAAAAUAUAAAUCAUAAUUUUAAUUGGAUUAUAAUUGAUUUAGGUUUAUUUAUUAUUCCAACACAUUUUACAUUAAGACAUAUACAAGAUGUUAAUGAUAUGAAUUCAUCGACAACAAUAUGGAUAGUUAAGAAUUUAAUUGAAAAUUCAACAGUUUAUGGACAAGAAUUAUUAUAUCAACUUCAUCGAAUCAACAUUCGAUGUUCAUCAACAACAUUUGAUCAUGAACGUACAAUAUCUCAAUAUGUGAGGACACACAUCUCCUAA